GUAAUCCGAGCGUUAUUCAAUAUUGUUUCCCAUAAUAACUUCCUUUUUAUUUGUUAAAUUAAAAAAAUGAAACAUCACUAGUGUCAGGAAAUGAACAGUUUGAAAACACCUUUUCAUCCUGGCUUUAACUAAUCAAUAAGUGCACGUAGCCUAAUAGCAGCCGAUAUUAUAGACGCUAUUAUUACGCUCUGUAUUGAGAAAUUUAUUAUUUUUCUUACAUUUUCCACGGGCUUUGUUGUUGUCCCAUUGCCUAUGAAUAACAAAGAAAAUAAAUGAAAAUCCGCAAUAAGACGGAAAUAAAGCAUGGCAUAGUAUGACGUUUCCGCUGAUUUGAUGUCUUUUGUCAUAAUAUCUGUGUUUCUGUUAAUCCGCGGAAAAAAUAGUUCAUAAUCAAAUAGAAAUGGGAUUGUUGGAGUUGGGCUUAAUUCUGAUUUUUAUUUUACUAUCAAAAAUUCCAGUUUCAAAUGGUAAACAAUGUCUUAAAAAUGAUGACAUCGGUUGGAGAGAAGGUAAUAUCUACAGUUGCACCGACCCUUCAAAACCGGCAUGUUGCGAAGUCUUCAACGAGUUCACGUGCUGUGAAGAACCCAAAGUGAAAAAUCUUCGAGAACAAAUUCAACUAUGGGGUUCUUUCAUUGCAAUCGCCUUGAUUUUAUUCAUAAUUUAUUUGUACUAUAACAACGAUGCCCAACCCUUAUGCGCAUGUAAUUGUCACAUCGUUGACGCAUGCGCAACAUUUUUCAGGCGCAUGCGCAAUGUGAAUUCCAGAAGAAAACACACAUUCAAUAUGAAAGACAAGCACUAUGCUAACGAGGCAAAAGAAACCAGUCAUAUUCUUCCACAGAACAAAUCCUUUCAUAAUAAUACUUUCGAAAAAUUUACAAUUACAUAAAAAGAAGCCAUCACAUGAUUAUGAAAUGUCGUAAAAUUUCACAAGGAAUUAGAAUGAAACAAAUCAUUGGCAUACAAAUUGAGACGGCUGAGGUAGAAACUAUUCACAAAUUUGUCUUUUGAAAGGCGUAGAUAAGGGAACAGUCGAAGAUUUUUCCACCAAAAAAAUUAUCAUAAAAUGCCUUUGAAAAAAAAAGGAACUGAGCAAUUUUAAUUAUGAAAACUCACUAUUUUGAUUUUUUUUUUAAAUUAAUGAAAUAAAAAUGAGGAUAAUUAAUUUGUAAGUCAACAUUUAUUUAUUCACUUAUUUAGUUAUAUAC